AUGGCGGCACAAACCCCCAUGACGCCGCUGCCCCCGGGUGUCGAGAUGUUCCAGCGCGGCAAGAUGCAGCCCUUCUUCCAAGCCCGCUCCGACAAGCCGCGGCCCGUCUCCGAGGCUACCGAGAUCUUCGACACCGACUUCGAGGACGAGUCGAGCGAGUUCGAGGAGGAUGCCCAGUCGCCCAAGUUCAGCUUCGAGUCCAGCGAUAGCAGAAAGAGCCAGACGACGAUAUCGACCUACGAUGAGGUGCCCACGCCGCAUUCGAGCCGGCAUUUCCAGUUCGACCUGCAGCAGCAGAUGCAGGAGCUGAAGCCCGUUGAUGGUCCCCGAGGGCCCCAUCUCUUCCGCUCCUCCCUGUCGUCGGCCGAAUUCAACUACGAGUACGCGCUGCAGAUGUCGCCACUACUGCCAAAACACAUGCCGCCCAGGGCCGAGACCGCCUUCCGCGCCGAGACCGCCUUCCGCGCCGAGACCGCCUUCCGCGACGAGCCCACCCCGGUGCCCUUCCAGCACGCUUACGGCUCGCAUGACUACUACUCUGACCACGACGAUGACGACGACGACCAUGACCACGACCACGACGACGAUGCCGCCGACGUGCGUUUCUGGUCCGCGCAGCAGGUCGCGGCGUGGAUGGCGAGCAUGGGUUUCGAGGAGGCCAUCCUCGACAAGUUCGAGAAGCACGACAUCACCGGCGCUGUGCUUCUCGACAUGCAGUUCGAAGAUCUGAAGGAGCUGGAAAUAUCCUCAUUCGGCAAGAGGCACCAGUUGUGGAACCACAUCGACGCCCUCAGGGGCAACGACGGCCGCGCCAGCCCCGCCCCCACACCCUUCCAAGACAUCAGCCGCCCCCCUACCGGCCUCCACGCCUCGCGCAGCACCCGUGAGGCCUCGCGUACUCGCACCAAGUCGCGCACCCGCGAGCGCUCAAAGUCGCGCCACCAGCGCGGCGACUGCGAUGAUGGCAAUGACGGCGCCACGUCGCCAGGCGGCCACCGCAAGAGGCGAGGCCGCAGGCACCGCCAUGGUGACGAUAUCAUCACUCCUGCCGAAUCCGUGUCCAUCGUAGCCAUCGAGCAACUUCUGCCAAAGCCUCAUCGCUGUGCAAAGGGCGAGCGCUGCCACAAGUGGCGCAAACAGCAACGCCUGUACCAGCGCCUACAGCACGAGCACGGCUUUCCCAUCUCGCCGGAAAAGGGCGGCCAUAUCUUCAUGGCGGGAGACCCAGGAAAUGCUAGCGCUGCGAACAAGGUCGUCGACAACGUGUACCGCCCGACUUCUGAUGCGCUACCUUCUGUCGUCGCCUCGUCGGAUCUUCUCGGCCCUGGACAGAUGCCUGAGUUCGUCCAGCCCACGGAAGAGUCCCUGCGCAACCUGGAGCUGCGUGAUCCACAGGAGAAUGUCAAGCAGUUCCUGAAUCUACAACACGUGGAGCCGCCGCAAUCGCAGCAGUCUCCGUAUGACGAACAGCGUUCUACCACUCCGCCCCUAGAAAUGUUCCCCCCGCUUCAGCCGCCCCAAGACACGCAGCCCGCGCACAACAACUUGAGGAGUCUCCCGAAGCUGCGCAUCCCGCGCUCCAAUUCCGCACAACCUUACUACGCGCCCCAGCAGGUGCACCCGCCAGAGUACACUACCACCAUGUCGCCCUGCCGGGCGUCGAAUGCUUCGCCCGGCCUCUACCGCUUCGGCACUCCCGCAUCUGAGAUGGACGUCCCGCUUACACACGUGAGUUUGGGCCCUGUAUCGCGCGACGCGAGCCAGUCCGUACCCCCGAGCAUGCAGUAUCGCGAUCCCAUCCAGCGCACCAGCAACCUGUCGCGUGCCGCUGAUUGGCAGCGACCGUCGUUUGCGCUGCCGCCGGUGCAUGAAGGCGAAGUGUUGAGCCCUUCGUCGGAUCCGGAGUACUCAGCGACAACCUUGCAAGGCAGCGCCGAUGCGCCUCGCGCGUUGCAUGAUCGUCAGCGGGCGAAGCACACUGCGGCAUCCUCCUCUGCAUCGGACGACUUGAAGCAACACUUGCUGGCGCGUUAUGAGGCGCAGCACGCUCAUGCGCACCCGCAGUAUGCGGGCGUCAACCACCACGGUUGGAUGAAGAAGCGCCGGACUCGCCUUUUGCGGCACGAGUGGCAAGAUCAACACUUCCGCCUGACCGGCACGCAACUCGCCAUGCACGCCUCCGAGGUGCCUGAGGCCAUGGCCCUUGACACCAUUGACGUGCACCAGUAUGCCGUUGCAUGCAGCUCGAUUGCGUCCAACAAGCUCGCAGCCAAGCUCAGAGGUCUCAAACUUGCCAGCAAGAAAGAAGGCGAAGGCAGCGGCCCGCAAGAUUCUGCCUUCACUUUCCAGCUUGUCCCGACCGGCCCGCCGGAGGCAGAGAAGCGCGUUGUCAAGAAAGCGGUCGCACACGGCAAGACCCAUCACUUUGCGGUCAAGACGCGUGACGAGCGAAUUGACUGGAUGCGUGAGCUGAUGCUCGCCAAGGCGCUGAAGGCCAAGGGCGAGGGCUAUGAGGUCGAGGUCAACGGCAACGCCAUCUAA